AUGGCUCUCCUAAGCCAAACUUCAAAUCAAUCCAUGACCAACAAUAUUGAUAUUUGUCGAAGCAGGCUUCGAGGGAUUCAGCUGCGGCUGAGGUUACUGCAAGUGAAGAGAAAUCUGACGGAAGAGCAAUUUCAUGAGGAUGCCGAAGCCCUGGAAUUACUUAUUGAAGAAAACGAUAUGAAGGUGCGCAUUCAAGAGCUAUUGGAAAAAGACAUUGAAAUGUCGGAAUCGACAGUUUCAGCCGAUGAACCCCAGAAAACAGCGAACAGCAAUUUUAUUCCUCCUGAAGACGGUAACUGGGCAGGACACGCGAGUUCCAAGAGUCAAACAACAGCUACAAUUAGUGAUCGUCAUAUACCACAGUAUUUCGACCCAUAUCCUGAUGUAACUACUGCUCAGUCGCAGAGAGGCGAUUUCUCUAACCUGGUCGUAAAUGAGCCCGUAUUUCUUCAAGCAGACAUGCCUGAAAUCGGCUGGAAUGAAUCUCUUGUUCAUUUCCCAGAUGAAUCAUUUGUGUGGGGUCUCAAUCGCCUUGGAUCGUAUGAUGGGCCCAAAACAGCUGAGAGGCCUUCAGCAUCGCUGAAACAUACAUCCAGAGUGCACCAUAAGUCAAACACAUCCAACGAGUCUACAUUCUGGGACCCUGAUGCCACGCAAAAUGAGACUUCGGACCACCAUGGGCAUUACACUUCGAUCUUGAACGUAAAUGGAGAAUCAAACUCCGUCCAGAUUAACCCUUCUGAGUUUCUGUCGGACCUUGGCUCGUUUUCUGUGCAGAUGGCAGAGAAGGUCGACGAAAUAGGCUUUGGAAACUCCGAGCAAGAUAUCAAGACUAGAG